AUGGAGUCUUACCGCCAGAUGAGAAUAAGAUCAAGGGAAGAUGGAGGGAAGAAGGAAGCAGAAGAUGCAAUGAAGAAAAUGAAGAGCGGGAAGGCAACAGGGUGCUCUGGAAUACCAGUGGACCUUCUAAAACACCUAGGCAAGGAGGGAAUCCGGAUGGUCACGUCACUCCUUCAGAAAGUAUGGGACGAAGAGAAGAUGCAAGCAGAAUGGGAACUAAGUGAACUAGUCCCCAUUUACAAGAGGAAAGGGGACCCAUUGGACUGCGGGAACUUCAGGGGCAUCAGUCUCCUAGAACAUGUUAUGAAGAUACUGGAGAAGGUAAUAGGGGGAAGGUUACGUGGACUGGUAUCGAUAAACGAUAUGCAGUUUGGCUUUAGCCGAGACGAGUUCACGAUCGGAGUCGGUCUACUUAGUCCCUUCCUCUUUAUCGUGGUACAAGACGUCAUCAGUGAGAAGUUCCAAACAGGCCUGUCAUGGGAACUAUUGUUUGCAGACAGUGAGAAAGAGCUGCAGAGAAGAUGGCUGAGGUGGCAGAUUGGAAUGGAGAGCAAGGUUUUGAAGGUAAACACCAAGAAGACUGAAGUUUUGGCAAGUAGCAGGAGGGGUGUGGACAAGGACAAUGCUAGGCUCAGCAGGUCCAGGAGUUCAAAUACCUUGGAGUGA